UGGUUGCAAUUCUCAAGAUGACUCUUUUUUUUUUCUUUUUAAGAUACGAAAUGUUUCUGAAAAAAUUUCUCGGCCCUCUGUCUUCAUUGAUCUGUAUAUGUUUUUGAGAUAUGCUACUAUUUUGAGGUGGCUAUAAAUCUUUAGCUCUCAGGAUUUUGUGGAUUUUGUGUUUGCUUGAUGGGGUAUUCAGCAUUCGAUUUAUUCUGCCCAUCUGUGCCGUUUGUUUGAACCAUAUCAACCUUCUUAGGGUUUGAUGAUAGGAUCACGGUGGAAAUUUUCUUAGGAUUAACGGACCAUUUUGUCCUUUUUGGGAAAGUUGGGUUAAAAAAUGUUGGCUUUCACAUAAUUUCUUCGUUCUGGAUGAGUACUUAUAUAUUCACUGAUUGUGCGGAACCCGUGAGUUGCAAUGCCUGCUUCUGUUUGUAGGGAGUUUUAAGUGAUCUUGCAUCGCAUGGAAAAUUUGUUACUUUUUCUUUUUUCUGUUUAACAAAAUUUCAUCGUUGGGUUUACUACUGCUGAGAUGAAAUAUCUGUGUAAAUCUGCAAAGCAUGUAGAACUUUGAGUGUGCUUUUGGAGUUAGCAAUUGGUAAGCAGAAUAUGAUAUUUUAUAUGAUACCGGAAUAUAUGGGUAUACCUUCUGUUUGCUUUACUCUCUCUUAGUGUUGUUGUGAUGUAUAGGACUGUUUUCUUUAUUUCCGUUUAUGGUCCUGCAUUGCUUUACCUAGCAGUCUACAACAAACAUUUGAAUUGUGGCUAAGGCAAACUCCUGAUGUGUACUCAUAAAAUACACGGACUAUAAAUAACCUGUGGCUAUGCAUUUUUCCUCUCCUCAAGUUCAGACUUAAUAUGACCCCAUCUAAAAAAGUAUUUCCUUCUAACUCUACUAUGGCUGGAGAAACAUCAUGGGUCAGCCACUACUGUGAUGACUCAACGAAGGAGGCCAAAGAGUGUAAUUCAUUUCUAGAAAUUGGUGAUGAAGAUGAUAAUGGAGCUGUCGCUUUUUUGCUGGAUUUGAAUAUGAUUUUGCCUGAUGAGUUAUUGGAACGAAUCCUAGCCUAUCUCCCCAUUGCCAGCAUUUUCAGAGCAGGUUCUGUGUGUAAACGGUGGCAUGAGAUUGUUACAUCAGAAAGGUUUUUCUGGCACCUUUCACAUGUACUCCCACACAAGCCUUGGUAUUUUAUGUUUACAAGCUCUAAUGAACCAGUUGGUUAUGCUUUUGACCCCAUCCUUCGGAAAUGGUACAGCAUGAAACUUCCCUGCAUUGAAACUUCCAAUUGGUCCAUUGCUUCAUCAUGUGGCCUGGUUUGCUUCAUGGACAAAGAUAGUGGAAGUGAAUUACGUGUUUGCAACCCCAUUACUAGAUGUUCCAGAAAGCUUGAAGAGCCCCCGGUUUUGAAAUUUUCUGAUUACAGUGCAUUAGCAAUCUCAGUGAACAGGGAAUCACACAGUUAUAACAUUGCAAUCAUAAGAUCAAAGCAAGUCCCUGAAAAUUUUUCCCAAUGGGACAUCUCAAUUCUUAUAUACAAUUCAGAAAGAGUGACCUGGCUGACUACUUUAACAGAGGUGUUGAAUGGGUGGAGAGGUGGUGAGGAGAGUGUAAUAUGCAAUGGAGUGCUUUACUUUUUAGUUUACUCAACUGGGGGUGUUCUGCCAGAAAAUCGCCACGCCCUAAUUGCAUAUGACAUCUCCAACCGUUCUACUCAUGGCACCUUGAUGAGGAGCUUUAUUCCAGUACCUUGUUCUCUAACAUGUGGCCGUCUGAUGAAUCUGAAGGAGAAGCUUGUAAUGGUGGGAGGAAUUGGUAAACAAGAUCAUCCUGACAUAAUAAAGGGGAUUGGUAUUUGGGUUCUAAAUGAUAGGAAAUGGGAUGAGAUUGCUAGAAUGCCUCACAGGUUCUUCCAAGGAUUUGGAGAGCUUGAUGAUGUCUUCGCUAGCAGUGGUACGGAUGAUCUGAUAUACAUUCAAAGUUAUGGAGCUCCAGCGCUUCUGAUAUUUGACAUAAACCAUAAGCAAUGGAAAUGGUCGCAGAAGUGUCCGGUGACGAAAAGGUUUCCACUGCAGCUUUUCACUGGCUUUUGCUUUGAGCCCAGACUUGAAAUUGCUCCGUAGUUUGUUUCUCAUACGACCAACAGCUACCAUUGACAGAUUUGUCAGGAGGUUUCCGUUCUUUACUGUCUAAGUGCAAAUUUAAUAUGAUUUGGAUGAUCCCAACAGUUCAUACAAAGUGUACUUGCUUAAAAAGCUCUUUAUUCAUGGAUACUGCAAUAUUAUUAAUAGAAUUUAAAAAUAUUACAGAGCUUUGUUGCUGUUCCUUAUUCUAUUUGUACUGUUCCUCCAAUAAAAAUGACGACUUUCUUCACU